AUAUACCGAUAUUUAGCCAUUGGUCACACCCGAAUCGCCCUGUUUCACUUCAAGUCUCAUCAAGUGGUGAAGUCACAGCCGAUAGAAAAUCUGGAAGCAUUGCGGUUGGUACCAACCACCGCUUCUCUCCAGGCAGUCACGGCUCUCGAACGAUGCAAAGACCCGGUGGCCCAAGUGGCGCCAGAGUUUUGCCAUUCCGCCUCGGAGAGACUUGAGCCUGUCAAAGGCUCGACGUUGCCGCAGACCGACAUUUCCCAGCGUCUGUUUGAAAGAUAUUCAUUUCAUGGUUUCCGGCGAUUUUUGAUGCCGAAAAAGGGGUACCAAAAAAAGCAGACUUGGUCAUUUCGUAAGAAAGUUGGCGAGCAUCAAAGCGACAGCGAACUUUACAGUCUUGAAAUGAUGCAGGCUAAAAAAGGCGUAAUUUUGGAUAGCCAAGAAGUGGAUACAGAAGCCGGCGAAUCAAACGCUUCGAAGGAGGUCAAAACCAGCGCAAAAGGGCUGAAUUCAAGCAAAACCGUUAUGGAGACAAAAUAUCGAAAAGCGCUUCACCACUUACGGCAUCCCUUUUCAAGAUCAUGUGACUCUGCUAAACUGGACGAAAUUAUGUAUACAGGUAUGUAG